UAUAUUUCAAUCAAUUUUACAAUAAAAUUAUAAGGUGAUGUAUUUAUUCUAUCAAAUCAGGUUUAUUUUAUGGACAAAUAAAUCAUACUUCGCAUAUAAUUAUUUCAUUGUUGCAAAUAAUAUAAAACGGAUGUAUGAGGCUCGUUUGGAUUUUAGAUUACCAAAGAGGCCAAUGGAACCAAACAACCAAAUGAACUAGGUCAAAAUGGCAUGUAUGAGCCUUAUUAUUGAGCCCUUAUCAAUUUGUCAUAGCCCAAAUUCAUCCCAAAACUCACCUGUAUUCUGAUUUUGAGCACCCGACUCCGUACCCGAUUGGAAGGGAAGCCCGCAUGCUAGCGAGCAGCCGCGAAAAACAGCGAGCAGCAGGCAGGCGUAGCGGCUAGACACAGCAGUAUAGGCUUGCGUUCUUCGUCUAAGGCUUGAUUUCGAAUUCGUUUGCAUUACACACUUCCAACAGGUGUUUGAUAUAUUGCCUCUUUGAGAAUUCAAUGUUGCAACUUUAAUUUACAAAACUGUCUCAUAAACAUUGUACACAACAUAAUAUGUUUCUUGUAAAGAAAUUUGGACAAUGAGUAAUAUAUCCUUUCAUUGUCAUCCAUGAAGGAUGAUUUGGUGGCUGGUUAGAGGGUUUGGGCAAUGCUGCAGGAGUCAGAAGGGGUAUGAUUACUCGCAGAAACUUACUCUUGUAAACAUUAAGCUGAAAUGGGUUAAAGAUAAGACCCUUGAUGAAGCCGUGGCGGGUCAGAGGGACCUCAAGGCGGCUUGCACCCUUGUCUCCAUCAUCUUCUCUGAUUCCGAGGACUGUGUUCCAAUAUACCGUCUUAGGCGCCAGAGUAGACAGCUUGGGAUUCCUGAUGAACUUAAGCUAUCUAGCUUUGUAAGGAGAUACCCAAGUAUCUUUCAUGAGUCUUCUUUUCUCGAUAGUGGGGGCACGCCUGUCCCCUUAUUUAGCUUGACCCCUGAAGCAUUGAGUCUGCAUCAGGAAGAACUUAGAAUACUUCAGCGGAAUCAGAUGGAUACAGUGAUUCGGCUUCAAAAGCUGUUGAUGCUUGUUAAGGAUAUUACUCUUCCUUUACAGACAAUUAACCAGUUAAAAUGGGAUCUUGGUUUGCCACAUGAUUACCAUCAGUCAUUGAUUCCCCGCUUUCCUGAACUUUUCUCUUUUGUCAACCUUAAAGAUGAUCGUGUUGGAUUGAAGCUGUUGUCAUGGGAUAGUCACCUUGCACUUUCUCAUUUGCAGAAAAACAAUGAGGGUGCAUCUUCUGAUUGUCUAGCCUUUCCUAUUGGAUUCCCUCGAGGUUAUGGAUUGAAAAGGAAGUGUAUGGAAUGGUUAGAAGAGUGGCAGGGACUUCCUUAUACUUCACCUUACAGUGAUCCUUCUCACUUGGAUCCCCGUACAGAUAUAUCUGAGAAACGGAUAGUUGGGGUGUUUCAUGAGCUUCUACACCUCACAAUCUUAAAACAAACUGAACGUAAAAAUGUGAGCAAUCUUCGAAGUCCAUUGCGCUUACCCCAAAAGUUCACUAAGGUGUUUGAACGCCAUCCUAGCAUCUUUUAUAUUUCUAAGAAAAGUGAUACACAAACAGUUGUCCUUAGGGAGGCCUACUGUGGAUCUGAGCUCCUUGAGAAGCAUCCACUAGUAGAGAUUAGGAGACUGUGCUGAAAUGAUGAAACAAGGAUUCUUGGAUAGGAGUCGGGGUUUGUAUCGGGAAAGCUAGGGACAUAGAGCAAGAGUUUGAAUGAAGCUAGGUAGUUGCAAUCAUUUAGGAAACCCAGUUGGAAACUAUCCAAUGCCGAUGCUCAUUCUGGGAAAUUGAUGGCAUGCAGUGUGUAAGGAUUUAUAGCUGCUAAGCCUAGCCUCGUAGCAGAUAUGCUGCUAUGCCUCAAUGAGAAAGCCAUUUGUGGCUUUUGUCAAGAUACUCAGCUAUGUGCAUGCCAUUUGUGGUGUCAUCUCAUACAGCAGAGUAUGAGAUCAGAUCAUAAUAGUUGCCAAACUUCGACUAAUGCAUUCUGUUCAAAGCUUGGAGGAAUCUUCUUUGCAGCUUGUUCCAUUAUGGAGGUGUCUUUGUAUCAUCAGCUGGAAUCAGAGAAUAAUUCGAAGUGAUUUAGUGAGCACAAAAGGAUGGUGGCACAAAGUCGCAUGAAAAGAUUCUAGAAUCAGAGACAGAAUAAUAAGAGAUGCAACUAUGCAAGCUGGUAUAAGAAGUUUGCUUGAAGUUAACAUCCUUGCAUUACAUUACUGGAAUGUGGGAUGACCUUUAAAGUAUAAGUUGAUUGCAUGAAGAGAAUGCUGUGAAAACACAAGUAGGACAUCAACGAAUUUCUGAAAUUCUGAUUUGUACAUUACACUAGUAUAUAAUUCAUUACAUCCAACAGACAGUUUUUGUUCAUCUAAAA